AUGUUGGCUGGUAUUGAACUCAACAGGCAAGACAAGAAGAGUCAUGGAGAGAUCCAUCGGCAGGUUGUCCUACAGCAUUUGUCAGCUUCUUUUCUGAAUGAAGACACUAGUAUCCUGGCAAUCAUGACAGAUCUCGGGCCAAGGUGGCACUUUUUUUGGUUCAGCGAGGAGAAGAAUCGGCUAAUGGCAUAUCAAGCACAGUCUAAGGGCGAAGCAAACUAUCCUAUUCGUCACAUGAUGGGAAGCAGUGGUUCAGCCUCGGCCCCAAUCUCAGCGCCCACCGACUUUCUGAAUCGUGCAACCUGGAAUAAAAUGUUCCCCCUGCGCGAAGAUAUUGCAUUCAUGGAAGAGGCGGGAGAGGAUAACGGCCCUGACGAGGGAGGAGGCCAGGAUUCCCGCGGAAAGUCUGGCAGCUCCAGGAGGGGGGGGCUGUCUGGUGUUCGAGCACAACAAAACCGCCAAUCUACAGCUGGAGGCAACAGUAAUAUAGCGGGAAGUGCAAAUGUUAUGGCGAAUAGCUUGGAUUUUAUGGAUGACGAGGAAGAAAGGGAAGCGAGAUUCAAUGACGUCCUCGAAUGUAUAGUCCCUCAAUUGGGAGUGUUUCCUCACCGCGAGCUGGGACAUGAUCACUAUGCAGAAGGUCCACCGAGUCACAUUGGAGUUUCGUAG